UUAGGUUGGACUCCAUAAGUAUUUAUUCGUUUAUUUUCUUUUCCCUGCUUAUUUAUUUAUCCUUAUUCUCUUUCUCCACCCGUCAGACACCAACAGUAAAUCUACCACCGCGACCACCGCACCAGCACCAGCACCUCUCAACAUAGUCUAAUGCUUCCCAAAUUCUGAAUGAGCGCACCCUAAAUAAUCAUAUUAAGGGUUUGCCGUUUGUCUUCAAUGGCAUUGUGUCUUUAAACCUGGCGGGAGGCUAAAAUUGUUAACUUACUUUAAAUUUGAGCUUCUGGAUUUGAACUUUUUGAUAGGGAUUAAUAAAUUACGUAAAAAUGGAAGCCAAGGUCACAAAGGUAUUGGAUAGUAGUAGUCGCAAAGUUAUGCUUGGUCUGAAGAGAAAACGAGCAUCCCGUUAUGCAGCAUAUUUUGCUGAAGCUUCCCGAAUUAUUUCACCUGAGUGGCCAACUGUGCAUUGUUCAACUUGUAAGUCUGGGAAACGGAGGAGACUAACUAGAAGCCGAAGAAAGGUUGUGAGCUGUGGGUAUCAUUUCAGAAGAUCUUUGCUUCGGUGUUAUUCAAAUUUUAAGAGGACUGGGGUGCCACAACGUCUUAUGUUUUAUCAGAGUGGCGAAUGGACUGAUUUUUCUCAAGAUCUUGUUGCUCUGGUUAGGAAGGAUCUUCAAGAGAAGAAACCUGCUAUUCAGGUUGAGUUAGAGGGCCGUCACUACUUGCUGGAUCUCUUGCACAUGUUUCUAGUGGACUUGAAGGCAGGCUUUCGGAAACCAAUUGCUUGGAUUGAUGAAGAAGGUGGCUGUUUCUUUCCAGAAAUUUAUAUUGAUAACGAGGAGCCACAUGAGUGCUGCCAGCAAAAUUGUGUGAAUGACCAAGGGCCUAUUUUUAGAGCGUGUAAUGGACCUCAUGAGAUAAAGCUGCAGCUGGAAAUUGACAUAAAUGGAUUGGAUCCUCAUCAAUCUACGUUAGAGUAUAGUGGAGAGACGAAUGCCUUUGUUAAGCGUAUUGAAAUUGCUCACAAUCCUACAAGUGUGAAUGUUGUAGAAGUUGAGGAUAGUUGCAACAGGAAGCUUGAUGAAAAAAUUAAUGAAGCUUUUGAGGAAAAUCAACAUAUUUUAGCAAAUUUAUCCACUGUUAAUGAAAAGUUGGAUUCUGAUACUGUACAAAAUUGUUUUCUUACAGGCAUGAACUCUUUUAAUAGUACUGACAUACUUGAUAUUCGUCACUCGUCUAGUACUUCAAUGCAAACCCGAUUGGAGAUUUUCCAGAAGCAAAUUGAACUUACAAAAAGUUGUCGUGGUGAUGCAAAUGUUCGAUAUGCAUGGCUUGCUUCGUCUAAAGAAUUAUUAUCUACAAUCAUGUUGUAUGGACUUGGACAUUGUGGACCAUCCAUGAUUAAGUCCAAAUAUGGCAUUGGUGUUCAUCUCCAUGCAGCAAACUGCAGCCAAGCGAGUGCAAAAUUUUGUGAUGUUGACGAAAAUGGGGUACAACAUAUGGUUUUUUGUCGUGUAAUAAUGGGAAAAAUGGAGCUCAUUCAACCUGGGAGUCAGCAGUGCCAUCCUAGUAGUGAGAAUUUUGAUAGUGGUGUUGAUGACCUUCAAAACCCAAGCCAGUAUAUAGUGUGGAAUAUGAAUAUGAACACCCAUAUUUAUCCAGAAUUUGUUGUUAGUUUCAAGAUCUCUUCCAAUGCUGAAGGGAUUUUGGCUGGAAGUGAGAUAAAACAUGGUGUGUCCGGCAUCACUAUAUCUUCACAAGGUGCUCAGCAAAAUUUACCAAUUGAGUCAUCUACUGUUGAUCUGAAUCUGCCAAUAGAAUAUCCUGUGGUUGAUUUGAAUCUACCUGUGGAGUCUCCUACGGCUGAUCUGGGAAGUGAAAGCCAACCAAAAUCUGGAGGUUCUCUAGGAAAAGCUCCAAGUCUUGGUUCAAGCAACUCAAGGACUCCUAAAUCCCCUUGGAUGCCCUUUCCUAUGUUGUUUUCUGCAAUCUCAAGUAAAGUUCCUCAUACAGAAAUGGAACGUAUAGCUACUCAUUAUGAACUAUUCCAGAGAAAAGAAAUCAACGUUUUAAUGGAAUAUAUACUAGGCAAAGAAGAUAAGCAGGGAAGAUUUUAUCAAAAGGUUGAGAUUGAUAGUUGGAGAUGCUUUACUGAAGUCGACGAUAACGAGUCUUAAUGUGAGGCACCAUUGAAGUGUGCGGAGGGAACAGCUAAGUCAACUGUAGAAGGUUAAGUGGGCUUUGAUGGAUCAAAGCGGCUCAUGCUCUGCUGAACUGCUGUGUUGGAAUUUAAGUAGAGUGUGGUUGAAUGUGUUGACUUGGAAGUUGUGAAUAAUGUCUGUGACUGUUUUAAGUGUGUAGGUUUAGUUGUAUCGUAUUUUCUAUUUGUUGAUGAAGGGUUGUUGGUUUAUGGAACAGAAUGCCUUGCAAGAGUGUAAUAAUCUACUGUGCUAAUUUGUCUCA